CAUGGAAAACCAUGGGAAAGGUGGACCUUUGGCCACAACGGUGUAUCAAGUUCCUGCGAUUGAGAAGCCGUUAUUGGGUCCGGGGAACACAGACACAAUUUGCCCGUUUUGUCGAGCGUCCAUUAGGAGUGCCAUAAAGUACAGUAUUACCUCGAAAACGCACAUUGCCGCUGCUCUCUGGUGCUUGGUUUGUUGCCUUUGUUGCAUGCCGUAUGCGUCGGAUACAUGUAAAAACGUGGACCAUUUUUGUCCAAACUGCCAUAAAUACAUCGGAACUUACGAGAGGUAA